ACAACCGAGACCUACUGGAGCUCUGAAUGAGUGCUGAUCUCACAUUCGCUUCAAAGAAACCUUAAACAGCGCUCUGAGGCUAGUCGCCAUGCUAACCGUCGUCAGCACAUGGGUAUGUCUGUGCGCGUGGGUAUGCGGGGUAUCUUCUUCACCUGUGAUGCCACGGUCUGAGGAAAAGGUAGCACUUAAGGAUGAAGUGAAUGUGCUGAUGUAUGGGGUGCUGCAAUUCAGUGAGUCACUGCAUGAUAUGUAUCAGAACACUGAAGCCAAGCUGGUGCGCAUCACUAAAGCCAUUACAGAAACAGAGAACCUUGUGCAGCGCCUGGGCCAGGAUACAGAACAGACCAUCCGCUCCGAGCGCCAGAUAAAAGACAGGCUCAGUGUCAUCCAGGCCGAGACGACGGCGCUACAAGCCCAGGCUCAACAAACCAGAGGACUGGUCUACAACGUAGAGAGAGACGAGGUGGCGCUAAAGCAAAAACUGGCCCAACUGGAGGCAACCAUGAAAAGAGUCACCCCUGUUGGCAUCAGAGCACUGAAGGAGAUCACCCAGAAGCACAACACCCUCCUGCUUGACCUGGGGAACUGGACAAAGAAACAGAAAGAGCAUCUGGAAAGCCAGAACCAGCAGCUGGCUGAGUUACAAAAACGGACGAUCAGGAACACUUCUUCCAGAGUCUUCAAAACUGCACGAGCGAUGAGUGACUGGUAGAACUGGUGACUCUGUUCAGCAUUUGCACAUUUUUUAUUGCAGGAACAAUUCUCUUUCAAACCUAGUUCCAGCAACUAGAACUAUGUUUUUUUUUACUAAACACUCCCAAGGUGGCAAACAAACCAGAACUGUUCAGACUAUAAAAAAAAAAAAAAACAACCUUCAAGGAUACCAUUGUGUUGUACUCUUAUAUAAUAUACUAUAUUAUUUUUCUACAGUAUAAUAAAUACAAUCUUUCUUUAAAAAAAAAAACAUUUCAGAUUGUGGUUUA